AUGGUUGUUCUCUACCAAUCCCAAACCUACCCUAUCAAUCCACCCAAUGCCUCCCCCGUUCUCACACUUGCCGAAUUCUGGGAAGUGAUGCAAGUCAAAUGCCGCAAGCCCGAGCUUUUCGUUGCUCCCAUAUCUGCCUGCGAGGUACUCGAAGAGACGGAUAAGUUCAUGAAGAGGACGGUGACGUUCAGAGAAGGCAUGGGCCCACCGGGUGGGAAAGUUGUCGAGGACAUGGACAUUCGUGCACCUUGGAAGGUUGAUUUUCGCAAUCUUGACACGGGCGCCUUCAUCAACAAUACCAUCUCCCAGGGCAAGGAUGAGACAGACCUCUACCUGACAUUUUACUUUGAAUGGCCGUACCCGAAGAUUGAAGAAGGGAGUGAAGAAGCGAAGAAGACGUCAGACCAGCUGUGGGAACAGGCGAGGAAGACGGUACAGCAUACGAUUGAUGUUGCAAGGGAGAUGAAGGGCAAGGGAGAGUUGAAACACUGA